CGCAGCAUUCGGUGCUCUUAUCAGUUAUCUUACUUAUCUCAAUAAUUCAGACACGUCAAAAACAACAUAAUUGUUAAUCGUUAAUUAAUUUUAAUAAUAAUUUUUUUGUGAAGUACUGCAACGACCAUUUUACACGGAGUCUAAAGGGUAUCAAUAUAAAUCAUAAAGUGCCUUUAUCCACAUUAUAUUAUAUGCAUGAUAUUUUCGAAGAUCCGACAUAAGUGAAUAAUUAAUAAUGGAUCCUCAUGAAAUCGUCCAGAUUUCAAUAUAGGCCGAUAUGCUAGUGUUAUAACAUGUUUGUACAAAUUUUUAAUAUUGAUUUAUUUAAUUUGACAAAAUAAAAAAAACAUGGAAACUACAAGUAGCAUUACAAAUACCUUACAGUCGGAACUAUUUCUAGAAAUGAACGAGGAACAUGAAUCUUGCGAUACUCAUGACAUAAGAAGUGUUAGAAGCACAUUUAAAUUUAAAUGCAAACCACCAAAUAAGCCUUGUUCAGAACAAUUGUCUGUAGAUGAAGAUGGAGAUGUAGUAGUUCGAAGAAGUCCGCUCACCAAAGGCAUUAUAAUAGAGCAUAUAAAUCGAACUUCAUUAAAUAUGGUUGGUAUGCAAGUGUGGCGAAGCGCAUUAUUAAUGGGUGACUUUAUCAUGGAAAACAGGGAUAUUUUCACCAAUGAUCAAAUUGUAUUGGAACUUGGCUCUGGAGUAGGAUUGACUGGUAUUGUAGCCGCCAUGUAUUGCAAAGAAAUCAUUUUUACAGAUAUCAAUAACAAAGAAAUAUUGUCAUUGAUUGAAAAAAAUAUAAACUUAAAUCAAGAUUUAAUCGUUAGUCGUACAACAGUUUUGCCAAUGAAUUUCAAUGAACCUGAAUUGCCUGAUGCAUUAUAUAAGAAGUUAAAAGACUUACAAAUUUUAAUAGCUGCAGAUGUGAUUUACGAUAAUGACAUAACCAAACAAUUUGUCAAUACCCUAAAAAAAAUAAUGGCAAUACCUCCUAGAAAAACUGCUUAUAUAGGAAUGGAAAAAAGGUAUGUAUUUAGUUCAGUCGAUUUGGAAGUUUGCGCUCCAUGCUACGAAUACUUCAAUGAUCUAUUAUCAGAAAAUAACAAUUGGUGUCAAGUACAACUUUUAGAUUGCAAUUUUCCUCAAUAUUUUCAAUACCUCAAAGCUAAAGAACUAGUUAUAUUCAAAUUAACCGCCAAUAAUUCCAUUUAAAAAAUUGUAUAAACGAGUUAAAAAUAAAAAGCAGAUAUACGUUAAAA